GCUAUUCACUCCCAGCUUAGCUCUCAAACUAAUUAACUUGCCAAAAGAUCAAACUAUAGAUAUACAGCUGAUCAAAUGGAAGUAAAAGCCUUUUCGCUCUCCCCCUUGUGUUCCCUUGGAAGAAGCACUCGUCCUGAUGAGGUCUUCUUGGGAUGGCAAGUGGGAGGUAGAAGGAGAUCAAUUAGCAAUCAGUUAGAGCAAUCUAAGCUUCCCCAUGUCGUUUCUACUGUCUCCAAGUUCAAAGGGUUGCAGGCUGAUCCUGAACGCCGAUCCGCCCAUUAUCAUCCUAGCAUUUGGGACCCCAAGCUCAUCGACUCAUUCACCACACCCUUUUCUUAUGAGCUCUAUGCCAUUCAACUAGAAAAUUUGAAGGAAAAAACUAGAAGGUUAUUGAAUUCCUCUGAAGACCACUCAGCCCUAUUAAAGCUGGUUGAUUCCAUGCAGCGUUUGGGAGUGGACUACCAUUUUGAAGAAGAGAUCAAGGGGAUUAUGGAACUUGUUCAUUCCAGUGUAAUCACCGGGGACGAUGAUCUUUACACUACUGCGUUGCGAUUUCGCCUUCAACGACAAUAUGGUUAUCCUGUUAGCUCAGACGUGUUUGACAAAUUCAGAAACAAGGAUGGUGGAUUCAUGGACAGCUUAAGCCAUGACUUGAAGGGCAUUUUGAGUUUAUAUGAAGCUUCCUACCUUGGAAUGCCUGGGGAAGAUGAUAGCUUAGAAGAAGCAAAAAAAUUCAGCAUUAAAUAUCUAAAAUCGGCUGUGGAGAAUUUGGAGUGUGAUAGUAUUAUAGCAAAACAAGUGCAACUGUCACUGGAAAUUCCUCUACACUGGAAGAUGCCCAGGCUAGAGGCGCGAAACUUCAUUGACAUCUACCAAAGGGAUGACACAAGGAGUUCAGUUUUGCUAGAAUUCGCCAUAUUGGAUUACAAUAUUGUGCAGUCUGUGUAUCAGAAAGAGCUGAAGGAGUUAUCUAGGUGGUGGAGGGACUUGGGCUUUAAAGAGAAGCUGAGCUUUUCCCGGGACAGAUUGAUGGAAAAUUACUUGUGGGCAGUUGGGAUUUGUUUGGAGCCUCAUAUGUCCAAAUGCAGAAAAGCCCUCACUAGAAUGGUUUGCAUAUUAUCGGCAAUUGACGAUGUUUACGACAUAUAUGGAUCGCUGGAUGAACUUGUUCGCUUUACAAAUGCUGUGGAUCGGUGGGAGAUAGAAGCAAUGGAGGGGCUGCCAGAGUACAUGAAGAUAUGCUACUUGGCCACGUUUAACUUUGGGAAUGAAAUGGUCUAUGAUGCCCUAAAAGAUUAUGGUCUAAACAUUCAACCCUACAUCAAGGAAGAGUGGUCAAAUCUGUGUAGAGCCUAUUUAGUGGAGGCAAGGUGGUUUUACAAUGGGUACAAGCCCACAGUGAGAGAGUACUUAAGCAAUGCAUGGACUUCGGUGGGUGGUCCUAUAGCCAUGGUCCAUGCCCGUUUCCUACAGGGUUGCACCCCGACAAAGGAUUUUCUCCAUGCCUGCGAUCGCGCCUCUGACCUAAUCUAUUGGUCCUCUCUCAUCACUCGCCUCUCCGAUGAUUUGGGAACUUCUAAGGAUGAGAUAAUGAGAGGAGAUGUAUUAAAAUCCAUCCAAUGCUACAUGAUGGAGGAAGGCAUAACAGAAGAAGAGGCACGAGAACGUGUGAAAGCCCUAAUACACCACUCAUGGAAGAAGAUGAAUAAGGAGAUCACUGCAAAAACCUCUCUCCCGAAAGUCACGAUGAAACUUUCCCUAAACAUGGCACGAACUGCACAAUGCAUCUUUCAACAUGGAGACGGCAUCGGUACAUCCAAUGGAGUCACCAAAGAUCGCCUGAUCUCCUUAAUUGUCAAGCCCAUCCAAACAAACCUCAAUCCCUAAAUUAACCUUAAAUGUCAAAGUUUGCUAAGUUCAAACUACAAAAAUAUAUAUAUAUAUAUAUAUAUAUAUAUAUAUAUACCAUUAAUAAUUGAUUAAUUAAGGCGACAAUAAAUAACAUAUAAUAUUUGUUCUCCUUUAUUAUUUUUCUAGAGGGUAGAUCUGUCAUUUCAGAAAAUGUACAUUGUAAAUUGGAGGCUAGCUAGCUAGCUCCUAGCUGUAAAGUGAGGUAGCUAGAGGGGAUCGAGGAGCGAUGGUAAUUUCAUCCAUUAAAAAUAAGAAAAUUGUACCUUGAAAGAGAUGAGAUGAGUUUAUAAAUCAAGGAUGGCCUUUGUGGCGUGCGUCUUCUUCCUCAGCCUUAGCGGCCCUGGCGGAGACGUGAAACACGAGGCUGGAGAGAGCAUGAAAGAAGCACGAGAUGCCUCCGUAAGACAGGAAAUGGCGUGCUGCGAAACCCAUGUCGCACUCAGCACUUGAUCCUUGGUUGUGUAAUGCGCCA